AUGGUUGCGGCCAUCCGUGACUUCCCUUCUCCCUCCUCCAAACGUCAACUCCAGCGAUUUCUGAGCAUGGUAAGCUUUUACCGCCGGUUCCUCCCGCACUGUGACGACCUUACCCUGUCGCUGACGAACCUUCUCUCCAGUCCCAAACAUUCGUUCGAGCUGUCUGCUGACGCCCUCGCUGCUUUUGGCAAGGUGAAGGCUGCCCUGGUCGACGUCACCCUCCUGACGCACUUUUCUCCCGAUGAUCCCAUCUCCCUCCUGGUUUGCGCCUGCAAUGUUGCUGUUGGCGUAGUUCACCAACAAAGUCUCCCAGAUUCGACGGUGUCUUUGGCCUUCUUUUCAAGAAAACCAUCCAAGGCGAAAACCCGCUACAGCACUUUCGGACGCGAACUUCCUGCCGUUUAUCUUGCUAUGAAGCACUUCCGGCAGUUAAUUCAAGGUCGAGAAGUCACCGUCUACACGGAUCACAAGCCACUUUCCUUCGUCCUACACUCGACUUCCGACAGGCUCAACUCCCGGGGAACCCGUCAACUGGAAACCGUCAACAUGUGGCGAGGCAGUGAUAAAAUUCGGUUCGAUGAUGUGCUUAUGACCCAUCUGGAGCUUGUUUGCUUCGUGAAGCCAAUAGAUCGAUGUGCACCUUUUCCUGAUUAA